AUGUCGGUGUUGAUUGAAAAUCCCGCCGCUUGUGAAAUCAGAUCUGUGAUUCGUUUUCUGAAUGCGAGGAAAAUGAAACCUAGUGAAAUUUAUCGGCAAAUUUGCGAUGUUUGUGGACCAAAAGAGGUGAGUGAUUCAAUGGUGAGAAGAUGGGUUCGAAAGUUCAAUGACGGACGUGGUGAUGUGCAGGAUGAAGAACGAAGUGGGCGUCCAUCUUUGGUUACAGAAGAACUGGUUCAUGCGAUUGAUGACAAGAUCCAUGAAAACCGAAGGUUUACAAUUAGUGCUCUCGCUAUGGAAUUUCCCCAAAUUUCACGAUCACUGAUGCAUGAAAUUGUUACAGAAAAAUUGAAAUUUUGUAAACUUUGCUCACGUUGGGUACCAAAGAUUCUUACUGAGCAACACAAAACAAAACGGAUGGGUAACAAUCCUAUAGAUUUUUUUCAUCAUUUUUUCACUGAUGAUAUCUUGGAAGAAAUAGUUGCUGAAACUAAUGAUUAUACUCAUAAAGUACUUUUUCGCAAGGAAAAAAAGAAACAUUCUCACAUCUAUGCUUGGAAGAGCACCACAAAAGAGGAACUCUUGGUAUUUGUGGGAUUGAUCAUACAUAUGGGAACAAUCCGAAUCAACCGUAUACAAGACUACUGGAAAACAGAUUUACUGUUUGGUUUACGUGUAUUUUCAGAAAAUAUGAGCAGAUUUUUGUUGUUACUGAGGGCAUUGCACUUCGCAAGUCCCAGAUCAGAAUACAGAGCUUUCAGAGGAUCGACUGUAUAA